GGGAAAGCCACCAUAGAGAGGCAGGGCAGGAAGAGCGGCGCCGCGCGGCCCGCCCUCCCCGGCGCGACUACAUCCGGGACCAUAGAGAUGCCAACGAGACAGGAUCUUCCCCGCCAGAGCGGCGCCUCGGAGGCCGCUCGCCCCGCCCCGUCACCGUACUCACAGUAAAGCCUCACCGCGCGGAGCACGCCCCGCGUUCCGCCGCCGCUACGGGAAAGCCCAGCCCGGUGCAGAGUGAGCACUCACCGCCUGCUCGCUCCUGCUGGGGUAGCACAAGUCUGCAGGAUCCCCUCUGGCUGCCCCGGCACCCGGGCACGCUUCGGGCACGCCGCUGCCACCCGCCAGAGGGUCGGUAGCGGGACGCACACCGCACAACCGCGCACCGGUGUUACCUUUCCUUCUCCCCUCCGUACCUCCUCUCCGCACCUACGGACCCUUCGGCACCCUGCACGGCGAGGCCGUGCACGGGGUUGCGGCCAUGGAAAGGACACCGGAGCCUACGGGUGGUACCACGGGGCGGUUUUCCACGCCGGAGCAGCACCGGUGCAGCUGGGAGCUGCGCUCGGCGGCGGGGGCCAGCGAGCUGCGGCUGAGCUGCCGGACGCCGGCGGGCGGCGGGGCACGGAGCUGCGCCUACCGCGGGGAGCCGCGGCUCUGUCCCGCAUACGGCGUCCGCAGCCGCCGGUACUGGCGGCAGGUUCUGGGCCGGCUGCGGCGGCGGCGACACCCCUGCGACCCGGGCGGGCCUCUCAGCGCCCGCCUCUGCGGACCUGGCCGGGCUCCUUCCGAAGCACAGCUCCGCCUGGCCCCAGGUUUUGGCACCGACCUCGGCACCUCACCGCCGUCCGCUACCGCGGGGCCGCCCAUUGGGGACCCCACGGAGACCUACUGCGGCGAGCGGUGGCAUUCCCUGUGCAGCUUCUUCGUCGGCUUCUGGGAGGGCUGAACCACCCCCGCCGGUCUCCCACCCAGCCCUGCCUGCCCUCGCCCCUCUGCCACUCCAUCCCUCAGCUUUGU